AUGCUAGCUCUCUUUCACACAAUUAAACAAUACUUGCUCAGAUUCGUAUUUUCACUCCUGCGGGGGUUCAAGAGAGCCUCCCCCGAGGAGACCCCCUUGGAGGCCCAAGUACUCCCCAGGGGCGUUGAGGACGACGGCAGUCAAUCGCCUGUCAAUUCCUCGACUGACACUUACUCCAGCGAAAGUUCGUGCUCGGUCACCGAAUCCGACCAGGAGUCCGACCAGGAAUCCGACCAGGAAUCCGACCAGGAAUCCGACCAGGAAUCCGACCAAGAGGCCCACCAGGGAUCCGACCAGGAGUCCGACCAGGAGUCCGACCAGGAAUCCGACCAGGAAUCCGACCAGGAAUCCGACCAAGAGGCCGACCAGGAAUCCGGCCAGGAGUCCGACCAGGAAUCCGGCCAGGAGUCCGACCAGGAAUCCGACCAAGAGGCCGACCAGGAAUCCGAUCAAGAGUCCGACCAGGAGUCCGAUCAAGAGUCCGACCAGGAGUCCGAUCAAGAAUCCGACCAGGAGUCCGAUCAAGAGUCCGACCAGGAGUCCAUCCACGAGGACGAUGCAGAACUCGCUGCCCUGGUUUGCAAAGUGCUGAACUUCGACGUUGUGAAGGGCAAACCCAAGAGGCAGAAGAUGCCCCGGCCCGCGGCGCAGCCCGUCGCCACCGUCAGCCUGCCUCUCCACGUCGCACAGGAGGACCGCCGGCGGUUCUUCCAGCAGGCUACGAAGGCCGCGGAGAAGUUCGGCGUGAAGCUGGUCAGCCCUCCCCUCGGCAACUACGUGGCGCCCUUCCAGGUGAGGGGCAAGGAGGAAUCCGCCCGCGCCUACAUCGAGCACAUGGACCUCUUCGUUCACGGCAACAAGGUCCUGCGGAUGCCGAUCGAGAUCCCGGUGGCCCUGCAGUCCCUGAUGAAGGCCAAGCAGGCCCCGGGCAUCUGGCUCGAUAUGCCGUCCCGGGAGGAGCCCUCGGAGUCUUGCGCGCUCGUCGGCAAGACGAAGGACCGCGCUCAGAUGCUCAAGACGUUCGAGGAAAUCCAGCAGCAGCUUCGCAGCCUGGAGACGGCCUCCCCGGACAUCGCGCCCGAGCACUACAGUAAAGCCAUCGGCAAGAACGGUGAUCGCAUCAAGUACAUCCACAAGAAGUACCACGUACUCAUCACCGUUCCCAAGGACGGGUCGCCCAUCACUGUCUCGGGCAAGCCCGAAAGUGUGCGCGAUGCCAUUAAGGAGCUGGAGGAGCUCGUUCAGCAGGACGCGCUCAAUCAGCGCGCGUUCCUCCCGGUGAACAUCCUCCCCGAAGACCUCGGCGUCGCCAUCGGAAAGGGCGGAAGCCACGCCGCCAAGGUCCAGGAGGAGUUUGGAGUCAAAGUCUACACCAAAUCCAAGAAACAUCCUGAGAGCCCGCUGGUGGUCGAGGGGCCCCUGAGGGAAGCCCAGAAGGCCGUGGCCUGCAUCGAGCAGCAUGUUGCCGAGAGGCGCCGCCUUAAUGAGGAGCGCGCCGAGGAGUGGCGUCGCAGCCAGGAGACGGCCUCCCCGAAUAUCGCGCCCGAGCACUACAGCAAAGCCAUCGGCAAGAACGGCGAUCGCAUCAAGUACAUCCACAAGAAGUACCACGUACUCAUCACCGUUCCCAAGGACGAGUCGCCCAUCACUGUCUCGGGCAAGCCCGAAAGUGUGCGCAAUGCCAUCAAGGAGCUGGAGGAGCUCGUUCAGCAGGACGCGCUCAAUCAGCGCGCGUUCCUCCCGGUGAACAUCCUCCCCGAAGACCUCGGCGUCGCCAUCGGAAAGGGCGGAAGCCACGCCGCCAAGGUCCAGGAGGAGUUUGGGGUCAAAGUCUACACCAAAUCCAAGAAGCACCCUGAGAGCCCGCUGGUGGUCGAGGGGCCCCUGGGGGAAGCCCAGAAGGCCGUGGCCUGCAUCGAGCGGCAUGUUGCCGAGAGGCGCCGCCUUAAUGAGGAGCGUGCCGAGGAGCAGCGUCGCCGUGAAGAGAUGAUGGAGACGUUCCCCGUCAACGUCGAGCCCGAACAAGUCGGCAGUGUCAUCGGCAAGGGCGGUUUCCGCAUCCGUUAUAUCGCCUCGAAGUACAACGUCAAGAUCAAGCUCCCUGAGCUAAAGAAGAGAGACGACGCGAUCUUGGUCACGGGCCUGAAGGAGGACGCCAAAGUUGCCGCCGCCGUGCUCGAGUUCAUGGCCAACCGCAAGAUGUUGCACGAGCACAUCCUGGUGCCGCUCCGGAUCAAGCGCGAGGACAACCUCAUCGUACUCGGCCCCGAGGGCUGCAGGGCCACCAGGAUCGAGCGGGAAUUCGGCGUCAGGAUUGUAAGACCCAGCAUCAACAUGCCCCUGAUGGUCGAGGGCAGCGUCGAGGCUGUGGCCGAUGCUGAGGCCUUCAUCGAGCGGAUGGUCGCCGACCGGCUUCAGAACCUGAAGAAUAGCAACGCCCGUCGCAACUGA